CCAUGUUCCUAACAUUCCUGAGCACGUGAUUUUGUUCAAAGCGAUUCCAUUUUAUUUAAAUAAAAAAAAAACAAAACGGAUUUACAUUUUAUGUAUAUAUUUACAAAUUUUCCUCAGAAUGCGUACUAUUUAAGAUCCGCGCUUAUUCUCGGAUAAUCAGAGCGAACGACGUAAAUGGCCACGGCGUUUCGUCUCCUCCUCCUCCUCGGCACUGCAGCGUUGUUUACUACUGUCUAUUCAACUCCCUUCAUCGUCCUGCACGGCAUUGGUGAUAGAUGUAGGAACAAAGGUGUCAAACAAUUCACUGAGCUACUAAGCAAUUGGUCUAGCUCUGAAGGAACAUGCUUAGAAAUUGGAGAGGGGUCAGUGACUUCCUGGAUUAUGCCUCUAAUGGAACAGACUGAAAUUGCAUGUGAGAAGGUGAAAUCAAUGCCAGAAUUGAAGGACGGUUACAACAUCGUUGGUUUAUCUCAGGGUAAUGUAAUAGGCCGGGGAAUUAUCGAGUUUUGUGAUGACGGACCUCCUGUUAAAAAUAUGAUCUCAUUGGGUGGACCACAUGCUGGAACUGCAUCAGUGCCUCUUUGUGGGACAUCAUUUAUCUGCGCACUUGUUGAUGCCUUGAUUAAGGGUGAAUUAUAUUCUGAAUUUGUACAGGAACACCUAGCUCCAAGUGGUUAUCUCAAAAUACCAACGGAUAUAUCUGAAUACUUAGAAGGUUGCAGAUUUCUCCCGAAGCUUAAUAAUGAGUUACCUGGUCAUAGAAAUUCCACAUAUAAAGAGCGCUUCAGUGGUCUUGAAAAUUUGAUCCUGAUCAUGUUCGAGCAUGAUACUGUUUUGAUCCCACGAGAAACUGCAUGGUUUGGAUAUUAUCUGGAUGGUAACUUCAGUGUGAUAUUAUCUCCACAGGAGACUGCACUAUACAAAGAAGAUUGGAUUGGGUUGAAAGCUUUGGAUGAUGCUGGAAAAGUGAAAUAUAUCAGUACACCUGGGAAUCACCUUGAUAUCACUCAUGAUUGCAUGCUCAAGUACAUUGUUCCAUACUUAGAAGAUGCAAGUGCACAUGAAUUGGUUAAGCAACAAAUUAUACAGCCAUAUGGAUUGAACAUGCAAAACCAUACAAUGUAAAAACAUUUUCCUGCAUGCAGUAAACUAUAGGCAUCUGUCACACAAAACAUCUUAUGAUAAUCAAUCGUGAAAAUUUACAGUGGUGAUUGUAUUCUGCUAGGUUUGAUCAAAAGACAAAUUCACUGAUCUAUAUUUAAACCUUAAAUAACAUUUUACAGUGGGUGUUUGUAAAUUGAUUCUUGGGAAAGUCCAACGUAUGAGUAUCCAUACCAUGGACAGUAAACCUUCUAGCUUAUUUUGGCAUAAAUAUAUACCCAAAGGAAAUAGAACCCUCUUAACGAGCUGCUUCGCUUGGUGUGGUCGAGCAUUUGAUAAGUGCAAACUGGUGUAUCUCGAGGAAGGAUAUUUGUAAAAUGAAUUAUUGUAAUAAUUCUUGCUUGACAGAAAGGGUUUUGUUAGAAGCUAAUGUAGGUUAUAUUGGUUCCACAUGAAA